GCAUCCUCGAAAGCCCUCACCUCACCCUCCCAAUCCCGCCGCGUUCCAGGGAUGGCCGCCGCCGCCACCGCCACCGCCGUCCCGCCCGCCACGGCCUCCUCCAACCUCCUCUUCACGCCCCCCGCUCCUUCCCCCGUCCAUGGACAGCUCAGGUGCCAUGCCGGCCCCAGCCCCUCGCUCCUCGCGCUGCGCCACCGCGCCGCCCGCGCUGUGCCGGCCAGGGCCCUGUUCGACAAGGUCACGCCCUUCAACUUCGGCGACGGAGACCGCCCUAUCGAGGAGGACGACGGCGACGACCACCCCCGCGAGGAGUGCGGCGUGUUCGGCGUCGUGGGCGACCCGGAGGCGUCGUCGCUCUGCUAUCUCGGCCUGCAGAAGCUGCAGCACCGCGGUGAGGAGGGCGCCGGCAUCUGCGCCGCCGGGGACGACGGCAAGCUCAAGUCCGUGACGGGCCUGGGUCUCGUCAGCGACGUCUUCAGGGACCCGGCGCACCUCAAGAGCCUCCCCGGGCAGGCCGCCAUCGGCCACGUCCGCUACUCCACCUCCGGCGGCAACGCCCAGCUGUGCAACGUGCAGCCGUUCCUCGCCGGCUACCGGUUCGGGCAGCUCGCGGUGGCGCACAACGGCAACCUGGUGAACUACAUGCCGCUGCGCAACAAGCUGGAGGCGCAGGGCUCCAUCUUCAACAACUCGUCGGACACGGAGGUCAUCCUCCACCUCAUCGCCACGUCGCUCUCGCGCCCGCUGCUCGCCCGAAUCUGCGACGCCUGCGAGCGCCUCCAGGGCGCCUACUCGCUGCUCUUCCUCACGGCCGACAAGCUCUUCGCCGUCCGCGACCCGUUCGGCUUCCGCCCGCUGGUCAUGGGCCGCCGCCCCAACGGCGCCGUCGUGUUCGCGUCGGAGACCUGCGCGCUCGACCUCAUCGACGCCGUGUACGAGCGAGAGGUGGAGCCCGGGGAGGUGAUCGUCGUGGACCGCCGGGACAUGUCCGUGUCCUCCGCCUGCCUCGUCCCGCACCGCCCGCGCAAGUCGUGCGUGUUCGAGCACAUCUACUUUGCGCUGCCCAACUCCAUCGUGUUCGGGCACGCCGUCCACGAGCGGCGCACCGCCUACGGCCGCGCGCUCGCCGAGGAGUCCCCCGCCCCAACCGCCGACGUGGUCAUCCCCGUGCCGGACUCUGGCUUCUACGCGGCGCUCGGCUUCGCGCAGGCCUCCGGGCUCGAGUUCCAGCAGGGCCUCAUCCGGUCGCAUUACACCGGCCGCAGCUUCAUCCAGCCGACGCAGGCCAUCCGCGACCUCGCCGUCAAGCUGAAGCUCGCGCCCGUGCGCGGCGUCAUCACGGGCAAGAGCGUGGUGGUCGUGGACGACUCGAUCGUGCGAGGCACCACGUCGAGCAAGAUCGUGCGCCUGCUCCGCGACGCCGGAGCGCGCGAGGUGCACAUGCGCAUCUCCAGCCCCCCGGUCGUCGGCCGAUGCCACUACGGCAUCGACACGCCCGACGAGAAUGAGCUGAUAUCCAACAGGCUGGACAUUGAGGGCGUGCGCAAGAUGAUCGGCUGCGACUCGCUCGGCUUCCUGACGCUGGACAAGCUCCACAGCAUCUACGGCGACGAGGCGGACGAGCUCUGCGACGCCUGCUUCUCGCGGAAAUACCCGGUGGAUCCGCCGGAGAAGGUGCCGGCCAUGGCAUCCGCCGAUGAAGACUGACCAGAAUGUGCAACUAGGGAAGUGCCUCUAUACUCCGCAUGCUCUUCUAUAGGAUUUUGGGCGUGGCGAAUCGUGUCGUGGCAAUUGCAUUCAUCAUCUGAAAUUUUGCAGGUCUUAAGUUUGUAUCCCUGAGCGGCUAGCAUUCCAUGGCCUCUCAAAUUGAGGUUCCGAAACCUUUUUCUUGAGUUAAUCAAUUUAUAUAAGAAAGGUUGACAGCUCAGGCA